AUGUCUGACUACGGUGACGACAUGGACGUGGACGGUCCCCCCGCCGUGUCCGUCAUUCCGGAGUCCACGAAAGGCAAGCGGAGCGCUGCCAAUCUCCCCGUCGAAGCCGAAGACAGUCUCCCAUGGGUCGAGAAAUACAGACCAGCAACCCUAUCAGACGUCUCCGGCCACCAGGACAUCCUCGCAACCCUAAACAAAUUCAUCGAAACCAACCGCCUCCCCCACCUCCUCCUCUACGGACCCCCCGGCACGGGUAAAACCUCCACCAUCCUCGCCCUCGCCCGCCACAUCUACGGCCACGACAACAUGCGCCAGAUGGUCCUCGAGCUCAACGCCUCCGACGACCGAGGUAUCGACGUCGUGCGCGAACAAAUCAAGACUUUCGCCUCGACGAAGCAAAUCUUUUCCGUCGCGCCGACUUCGAAACCCGGCGGCGGCGGUGCGGCGGCGGGGUUCAAGCUCAUCAUCCUCGACGAGGCGGACGCCAUGACGAACACGGCGCAGAUGGCGCUGAGGAGGAUCAUGGAGAAGUACACGGUCAACACGAGGUUUUGCAUCAUCGCCAACUACUCGCACAAGCUGUCGCCGGCGCUACUGUCGAGGUGUACGCGGUUCAGGUUUAGUCCGUUGAAGGAGGCGGAUAUCAAGGUGUUGGUGGAUAAGGUGAUCGAGGAGGAGAACGUCAAGAUUCUUCCCGAGGCUACGGAUGCGCUUGUGAAGCUUAGUAGGGGAGAUAUGAGAAGGGCGCUCAACGUGUUACAAGCCUGCCACGCUUCGAGCACACCCCUACGGCCCAAAAACGCCCCCAAAAUCCCCGAAAGCGAAAUCGUCCGAGAAACCAUCACGACCGAGACGAUAUACAACUGCAUCGCCGCCCCAGCGCCCGACGCCAUCCGCGAAAUCCUCGACACCCUCCUAAGCAACCCGGAUGUCACGUCGUGCCUGAGCACCAUCAACACGCUCAAGACGGCGCAAGGGCUCGCGCUCGCAGACAUCAUCACGGCGCUGUCGGAGGAGAUUGCGAAGCUGGAGGUCAAGCCCGAGGUCAUGAUUCAUUGGCUUAGCGGGCUGGCGGAUAUCGAGCAUAGGGUUGCUGGAGGAGGGGCGGAGGGAGUGCAGACGGGGGCGGUUGUGGGAGUGAUUAGGAAUGGCGUUGAGUUGUCGCAGAGGUAG